GUUAAUGUUUGUGACUUUCUGUCAUACUGUCAAAUUGAAUAAAAUAUUGAUAAUAGGAUAAUAUUUUCUUAUUGUUGGUCCUAUUAUGGCAAACAGAUAUUUAAUGAUUUAAAUGAAUUAUCGGUUUGAUGGAAAAAUAGCUUGGGUGGGUAAGAAGAAAAUCCAACAUGGAUAAUAUAUGCAGAACUUGUCUUAGAACCCAAGAUUCUUUGUUCCCCCUGUUCGAUCAAGCAGAUAUACUGAAUAGAAUUAAGGAUAUAUCUUCUGUUCAGUUAACCCAAAUAUAUGGCUAUCCAACAAGAAUAUGUGAAGAAUGUCUCUCUAACGUUAACAGAUUAUACAAUUUCCGCAAGGUGAUUCAGAAUUCUGAAUUAGAACUUCGUGAAAGAUUUGCUGCAGAAGAGCGGGACAAAUCGACACCAAAAGACAAGAAAACAUCACGAAAACAAAAUAAGGGAAAUUUUGAGUUUGAUGAAGAAGAUGAGAAGCCCUUAAUUUUUAUCAAAACUGAAUUAGAACAAGCUGAAAAUGAACAUAUUAGAGAUGAAUGGUCCCCUGAACCAGAUACAACAAAUAAUGAUGAUUUUAAUUCAGAAAACGAUUCUGAUACUAAAAUAUUCAGAGAUAAUAAUUUAAGAGAAGCUGAAGACUGUUCUAGACUUUUGUUGCCUGUGAAAAAGUGUUACUGCAAAGAAUGUGGUAUAGAAUUUUCAUCAAGAUUUAAACUUUACAACCACAGAAGGACAAAUCAUGUAGUGCCAGGUGUUUGUAGUAUUUGCGGUAUCAUUGUUAGGGCUGAUAAUUUGAGAAGACAUGUUCAGCUUCACUCAGAAGGACCAGCAUCAUGCCAUCAUUGUGGAAAAGUUUUUAAGAAUUCAGAAUCUUUGAGGGGUCAUUUAUUGAUUCAUAAGGGUCACAUAUUUACUUGUGAGAAAUGUGGUAAAACAUCUAAAGUUCGUGCUGAGCAUAGAAGACAUAUGAAAACACAUGCAGAUCCAGAAAUCGGAAAAAUGAUGUGCAAUAUAUGUGGGAAGAAAGUGAGAGAUUUAAAAAAACAUAUGCAUAGUCACACAGGAGAAAGACCCCACAUUUGCAACUUUUGCCAAAAAGGUUUCACAAGUCCAUAUGCUUUAAAAGUGCAUACACGACAACAUACUAAUGAAAGGCCAUACGUUUGCAAUAUUUGUUCUUCUGCUUACCCACAAAAAGUAUCUCUUGUCUCCCAUUUGAAAUCCAAGCAUGGGAUCAAGUAUGAAAAUCCCGAGUCUACCUGAAGAUUGUUAAAUUUGUUAUUUUUCAAUGUUAUAUCUUGAUUUAUAGAUUUCAUUCCCCAAACAUGCUCCUUUGGGCCUUGCAAAAAUAAAUCAGUAAUAUUUGUUCUAUGAUUCAAUAUUGUUUUUUGUAACAUGUGUUCAAAAAAUUCACUAUACUAUGGAAUUUUGAAGGUUCAUAUUAUGUGAUGGAAUGUAACGCUCAAUUUCUGCUAGAACAGAAUCUUUGAAAUGUCAAGCAUGUGUUUCAGAUUUUGCAUGAAUCUAUUUUUUCCUAGAAUUUUCAUAUUGAAAAUUAUGCUAGAAAUUUAACUUCAAAUAAUGUGGUGGUACAAGCUAAGUGCCACAUUUAAACACAAAAUAUCAACCUUGAAGAUUGCAUAGCCUACGUGACAAAGAAUUUUUUUGAACGCUGGUUAGUUAUACAAAGAUUGAGUAUUAAUUAUAAUACAGUUUUUUUUUUACAUUUGAUGCCAUUGGAACAUUUUAAUUAUUGAUGUGUACAUAUCCAUAGAGCAAAUACAGUAUUUUUCCAUUCUUAUUACUUGCUUACUAUAACUUUUCAUUUUUUAUAAGGAAUUUUAUAUUGAGUUAAAGUGCAUAUUAUCAAUGUAAUUUUUAAUUCAGCAAAUGUAUUAUGCUAUUAUUACUAUAAGAUUCUUUAAGUUUGAAUGUUGACGAUUUGUAAAGUUUUAUUUAAUAAGAAUCAAUAAAUUAAUUUUACUAUA